ACACUACAUCUAUCGUACACCUCAGAACUCGGGAAUUGUUUGGAUCGGCAAAGCCAAAGUCACUUUAACAUAUAAAAGAUAUAUAGUAUCUAAAUUUAAACAUGACUACGAUGUGGCAGCAAGUGUUGGCUAUAGACGCUAAAUACAACACGUACAGAACGCCGAAUAAUCCCCAAUUUAGAACACUCUAUAUUCGAAGAAGAAGCCAGCUACUGAGAGAUAGCGCCAAGGCUGGGUUUGAUCCUCAGCUGAGAAAGCAGUAUCUAAAACAGAGAAUGCAGCUCCUGACUGACAAGUAUGGCGCCAAUAUCUCACUCUCAGACCAAAGUGGUAGCCUGUGGAGCAGAAGUGCAAGUGUUCGAGGAAGCCGCACCAAUCUAGACAUGCUUGAUGAUAGUGAGAUCCGUACCCACCGUCGUCAGCACAGCCGUGGUUCCUCCAGUAAGCUGGAUCUGAUGGUAGAGGAUCAGGCUAGACUGGUUCCCACCAGAGAAGCUGGGGCUAGCAAAGCUAUGGCAGGAGGGACUUCUCUCUCAGAGAACUAUGCAUUUACUGGUAUGCAUCAUAUAUUUGACCACCAUCAACGUGCAGUGACUGCAGUGAAGUUUGCUAAUGAUGACAAGUCAAGGAUAGCCUGCAGCUCACUGGAUAAGACCAUCUCCAUCUGUCAGGUGUUGCCUUCACCUGCUACAGUGGUCUGUGUCUUAAAGGGACAUACCAAAGGAAUCACAGAUUUUAGUUGGUCUUUGUCCAACGACCUCAUCCUUUCAUGUUCCUUGGAUGCAACAGCUCGUCUAUGGGUAGUGAGCAGUGGGGCCUGUGCUCGUACUGUCACCGACCCCCAGCGAGCACCCCUACAUGCAUGCUGCUUUCAGCCGCUCAAUAACAACAUGGUGGUUACGGGCAAUACGAGAGGUCUGAUACAGGUCCUGAAUGUUUCUACAGGGAAACCUACCAAGGGCGGUCAAGGGAAACUGACCGGUCAGGUGCUAUGUCUGGCAUUUAAUGAUUCAGGUACCCUUCUGUGGGGUGGAGAUGAUAAGGGUGUUAUCUCAUCAUUCCAAUAUGACAUGGCUACAGGCAAACUCACCAAAGGAAAGAGAUUGGUUGUAUGUGAGGGGAGUCCCAUCACCUGCAUUUCAUUCCGAGCCUGGGUAUCGAGGGAAGCGAGGGAUCCCCUUCUCCUCAUCAACUGUGCUGUCAAUCAACUAUGCCUUUACAAGAUAACAAGCAGUGACGGUGAGGUGAGUCUGAAGAAGACAUUUUCCAUCAAGCAUCGCAAGGAGACCAUCCGGAGCUCAUUCUGCCCUCUCAUGUCAUUCAGGGAAGGAGCGUGUGUGGUGACUGGCAGUGAGGACUUGAGCGUUUACUUCUUUGACAUAGAACGUAAAUUAAAGCCAUGUGUGAACAAGCUCCAGGGUCACUCUGCUCCUGUAAUGGGUGUGAGCUUCAACUAUGAUGAGAGUCUGCUUGCUACAUCAGAUGCUGAGGGUUUGGUGAUUGUUUGGAAGAGACAACAAGAUGAAGGAGCUCCGAUUCUUGAGCAGACAUGAUGGUCCAAGAUGGCACCAGAAUCAAAGAAUUGAAAUAAACUCUUCUAACCUAGAGGUCAAAAGACAUCUAAUAAUUCUUUGAUUGUGAAGCUGGCUUCUUGUAUUAGGAAUACUAUACCACAGCGUUGAUAAUCAUACACAGACGUAUGUGUUUGAUUAGUCAUGUCAAGCUAUAGACCUUAUUGUCAUUGUACCGCCAUCUUAGAGACAGAAGCCACUGUCUUGCGUGUUGGUGAUCUGCAGCUGGUGCAUCUUUGACAACUCUGUUUCCAUUUAUUCCUAUAUCCUCUGAGGGAGGGCGCUAUGGGAUUAUGAUGUCAUAUGCAUAACGGUCUAUAUCAUGGCGUGUGAUAAUGUGCUUCAGAGCUUGGUUAGAUGCAAGAGGAAGUUUUGUCACUGAAAGUUGCUUAAAUAUACUUCCUGAUCGUUCAGUUAUUUCCGAGUGCCGGACAGUUACCUCCGAUGAGGAUGAAGAUAAUGUUAUCAUUAAUAAUACAAUGGGGGCUAUCUAUCUCCUUAUACAUGUAUUAUUGAAACUAGUGUUUAGCAUUUACCCGAAUACAGGUAACUUUUUCUGAAAUUCUGUUUUGAAUCUUGGAUUAGCAAGACUAGUAGGAUAUGAUUCCUGGCAUUCAAUAGCUGAGUAGCUUUUAAUAUUCAUUAUUUAAUUUGUCUGAUAUUAGAAUAUCAAAAUAGUGGUCUAUGGGGGUGUUACAAGAAAAUAUUUGCAACCAAUUGCAAAUAUUCUGUUCCAAUUUUACAAUUGAUCAAUUUUAACUGUAGUAAAUAAGAUUACUCUGCUUGUAUCAAGAUGCAGAUUAGAAAUCAAUUGCAAAUUUGCAAUUAAUCUCAAAACUUAUGAUUGAUUAAGGGACCAAAAAUAGACUUGCAAUUGAUCGCAAGUUUCUUGCAAUGCCCCAUACCAGGUAUGUGUUUUCCAGGUUUGAAUCAGUGAGGGCAUGCAUAAUGAACAAGAUAUACAUUCCAACCCAUUCACAUAAAAUUUUCUGGGGAGAGAGUAUUAUGAAACAGAAACCAUUAUGAUGAGAUGAUUAUUUGGGUUAUUUAAUUGAGAAAAUGUCCAACAAAAGAUUUCAUUUUCUAUGAUAAACUUAACUCACCUUUUUCUAUGAUGUGCAAUAAAAUUGAAGAAGUGGCUGUAAGAGAAAUUCUUAGAUUCUUGCUUCUGUUCCAUACAACUAGUUGAAAAUUAUGAUCUUACAACUUAAACAAGCUUUGAUUUGAUGAUUAACUCAAUGAGAAUUAUAUCUGUUAAGUUUAUAUUGAUACCAUGCAAGUCUGCCAUACAUUGACAAAAGAAGGCAAAUGACAGAAAUGUAAUUUCCUAUUAAAAAAUAUCUCUGUAAUUUACCUAGAUGCCAAUCCAUUCACAUGAUGGUAAACCAGACGCAUCUCAGCGAAUCAGGUGCCCGUUUCAUAAAGACUUGUUAUAAUAUCAUAUGCCCACUUUCUAUAAAAAAUCUAGUAUCAGCCAAUCAAUUCAAAGGAUUUCAGAUUUCUAUGAUUGCAAAUUUGUUAUUAUAACAAGUUUUAUGCAACGGGCCCCUUGAGCCUGUUGCAUAAAACUUAUUACAUAUUUGCAAUUACAGUUUAAAGCUACUUAAAUCAUUCAAUUUGAUUGGCUUAAAUGUGUUACAGAAAUGGUUCAUUGGUUAGUACAUGUAAAACAAGUCUUUAUGAAACAGGAACCAGUAAUUUUCUAUGACAUUUGUAAAAUGUAAUUACAUUAUACACUCAAUUUUUGUCUCGCCUGCAUAGCAGAGCGAGACUGUAUAGGCGCCGCUUUUCAAUGGCGGUGGCGUCGUCAACAUUGAAAUCUUAACCAAGGUUAGGUUUUUGAAAUGUCAUCAUAACUUAGAAAGUAUAUGGACCUAGUUCAUGAAACCUGGACAUAAGGGUAAUCAAGUAUUACUGAACAUUCUGCCUGAGUUUCAGGUCACAUGACCAAGGUCAAAGGUUAAUGAACUUAGACCAUGUUGGGGGAAUCAAUAUCGAAUCUUAACCAGGGUUAAGUUUUUGAAAUGUUAUAACUUGGAAAGUGUAUGGACCUAGUUCAUGAAACUUAGAUAUUAGAGCAAUUAAGUAUCCCUGAACAUCCUGUGCGCAUUUCAGGUCACAUGACCAAGAUCAGAGGUCAUUUAAAGGUCAAUGAACUUCGGCCGUGUUUGUUGAAUUGACAUCAUAACUUAGAAAGUCUAUGGAUCUACACAUGUAGUUCAUGAAACAUAGACAUAAGGGUAAUCAAGUAUGUUUUGUACUUGUCUAAGGUCACAUGAUCAUGGUCAAAGGUCAUGUUGGACAUAAGGGUAAUCGAGGACAUAGUAUUUAUUAUCAUAUGAAUGUUUUCUUUUGUGAAUAAUUAUUCAGUAGCUGUUUUCAAAGUCAGCACUGCUGCUAUAUUGAAUCGCGUAAUGCAGGCAAGACUGCCAGAGGCGUUCCACUUGUUAUUAAUAUGCAAUUUGAUUUCUUUUGCAAAAUAUGACUGAACGUGUCUUGAAUGGUACUGUAUGUACCAUACUGUUCAUUAAAAAAUUCAACAUUCCAUAUAUGAAUUAGAAAGAAUGGUGAGUACAUUGUCUUGUGAAAGUAAUUUUUGUGAAUAAGUAGAAUAAAUAUUUUUUUCAAGACUUGCUGCGAAUCAUUCUGGUAAGUGUAUGGUGCGAUGAAGCUCUGUAACAGUUUACAUAAUGUCUUUCUUCUGUACAACGUUGCUGAGCUUUUUAGCGCCAUUUCUGAACAUUUCGCUUCGACCUGUUCACUUCUUCCUCUCUUCAAAUGAUAGUUCCGAUAGAUAUAUGUAUUUGAAAAAUUUAUUGUAAUAAAUGUGUAUUUUAUGAAGUAUCUUUUCAACAGUACUGAUUUCUUGUAUGUAAAAUUUAUAUUAGGAUAUUAAUAUAUAUACAAUAUUGCUUGAAAUAAAGUUUAGUCUGUCACGCCAAGUUGUAGUGACGUCGAUCAAA